AAAGCAGCCCUUCAACGGCUGAAGAGGACCGUUGGGGCGGGGUUGGCUCUCCACGCGAGUUGUGGGCUAGCUCCCUCCCCGGCCGAUAGGAAGCGGGCCUGUCGAGAGACAAACGACGGGAUGCAAAAAAAUAAAAUUAAAAAGCAACCCGCCACCAACAGCCUCCUCACCGAAUGCUGUAGCAAAUAUUUGCUGAGCCCCUCUGGCAAGUGCAACAGUAAUUUUUAACUGGCACUUGAGUUAAUUCAAGUGCUUUGUACUAUGUCUCUUGUACUGAAUCUCUUAAGACAACUGCUGGAAUAUUAUGGCGUGCCACCAGAAUUGCUUAUACAGAGGUGUGAAGUUUGUCUUAAUGCCUUUGCUCAUUUGAUUGCAUCCCAUCUUCCUUCAAACACCUCUUCAAGAGCACACUUCCAACAGUUAUGUGCCAUCUCAAGAAGCUAUGCAGUGUCCUGGGCAUGGGAAAGAAAAAAGUAUGGAUCUACCCGAAGUUUUGUUCGCAGACUGGGGAAGUAUCUUUCGUUAACUCCUUGUCCAAGGCCUCAGUUUCAGGUAAUCCAGAGUUUGAAUUCUUUGAUGUCUGAGCAAAGUAUUUCUAGUAGCUCUGUUACACCAUCUCUUGCUGAUGUUUUGUGGAUGGCAGAAAAUGAAAGAGAACCAUACUCUAGAUUUAGAUUUGAUGAAUGGAGAGGCGUUGUGCCGGUUGCUACAAAAGGAAGUAUGCAAAAAUUAACUGUUGUGAAUGAAGAUGCGUUCAAAAAAAUUUCUGCUCUUGAGAAUGAAUUAGCUCAUCUUCGUGCACAGAUUGCAGCAAUUGUGGCAGUGCCUAGAUCAGGAAAUGAUCAACCAUGUUCAGGCAUUGUGAAUUCCUCAAACAUGGCCUUUAAUGCUCUUCCACAGCCAGGAGUGACUUCGACACCAGUCCCAAGUUCUCACAUUGCUGUUCCUCCACCAGCACCACCAUGUCCAGCUGUACCGCUAUCUAAUUUUGAUUCCCAUAAUUCAGCCAUUGAGCUUAUUAAACAACGUCGGGCUUCAAGUAAGAUAAGAAAUACUACAGAUAGUACAGGUUGGCAGAAGAAAAAAGCUCUUCCCACUAUGAUGGAUGUUCUGAAGGAUAUAAAUAAGAUCAAACUAAGAGCAGUUGAGAGAUCACCAGGAGGUACACCUCUACCCAAAACAAAAAAAAGAAUUGCAUCACAGUGGGAUCCAGCAGCUUUAAUAGCAGAAGCUCUUAAAGAGAAAUUUGCAUCACAGAACAAUGAUGAUUCCUUUGAUAAAGAGAACAGAUCCUAUGGUGCUUCUCCAUUUUCCAGUCCAGAUACCCCAGUGGUUGGCUGUCGCGUUUUGAAGCCAAGUAUGAAGCCGACGCUUAUUAGAACUAAUGAGCUGAUGUAGGUAUCACCUGCAAAACCAGCAAUUCAUGUUUAGCCAUGGUGUAGAGCUUCUUGAGAAAAGCUCUGCCACUGGUUUCGUAGACCUUGAUACUGUGCUAUAAAGCAACGGCUUUUAGAGCUAGCUGUUUUUCAUUAAUCUAUUUCAGCAGCCAAGCACCUGGAAUUUGUUUGCGUAAAAUAUUUUAUCAGCGGGAGUAUGUUUUACUGGUUUUUAUAACAACUUUCUAGUCUGGGCUGCAGAAUUUAAAGCAGACAUAUAAAUAUGUCAAAAAAAAGGAAGAGAAUAGUACCAUAGAAACAAAAUAUAAAUUAAUUUGGUUAUAUGUAGAUGAUGAUAAUAUAUUUACGAAACAGUAUCCUGUUCAUUUGUUUUCCUGUAAUGGGAUUAGCUACUAUUGUGUGAAGAGUUGAUGCGUGAUGUGGCUUUUGGCCUCUCCCCUGCACAUUCACAUUCUCGGCAGCCUUACGUCAACACAUUGAGGAUAUCUCUGUAGAGGGAGCAUGUGUCCCAUCUAACACAUGUAGCCUUUCCCCAUCAACUGGGACCCUUAUGUACGGCGCUUGCAUGUGCUUGAUGGGAUUUCCCUUUGCAAUCUUGCCCCCAAUGCAUUUAAAAUGAGGGAGAGGUUGGGGAUGAAGACACAAAGACAGGACCAGUGGGCAGAGCCCCACCUCCUCCUACAUGAUUGCUAAUUUCAUGAUGGGAACAUCACUGAAUAGGGCUAAGGUGUUGAUAAUAAGGAAUAGCUUCCUCAAAAUUAUCCCGUUCUCAGUUUGAUUCAGUGGUGCAGCCUUAUAAGAUCUCAAUAAUUGGCACCAGUGGUGUUUGCUUGGUUUUGAGUAAGAGACCAUAAAUUUCAUUGAAUACUGUAAAAGUUUGUAAAGAAAACGCAGGAACUGUGUGCAUAUUUGAAAUGCAUGAUUCAAAUAAAUAUUGCUGUUGACUAUUUGCACUCCAGUAAAUUUUGCUUACAAAAGAAAUCUUUUAUGUCUAAACUGUAUGAUCAUUCUCCGUGACUGAAAUAUUUCAGAUUUCGUAGGUUGUGUAUGAAGUUUUGUGGAGGAAUAUAAGCUAUAUGAUAUGUCAUUCCCCUUGUAACUUACAGUACACUAUACAGGGUGGAAGUGUUAUCUAAAAAAAGUUUGCAUCUCUUCUGCCACGACCAUUUAAAAUCUGGAUGCCCCAUCAUACAUGCAACCUAGAUAUUGCACAGCCCAGAGAGUUUCUGGAUUUUACCCAUAAUGUGUGUUUAUCAGGUUCUCCUCAUGUAUUCAAAUCUUCUGGUGGACUCUUGCGGACUUUUGAGUGUUGCUUUUUAUUUAUUAUAUUUUUAUUUACUUACCGUAUUUAUAUUUUUAUUUAUUUUCCCAGUUAUAGUGCAUUGUUCCUUAUAAUUCUUGCAAAUGGGUUUUUUGUGUGGGUGGCAAGCAGAGGAAAUUUGGCUCAAUAUAUUGGUUUCCUUCCCUGCGAUUAAAUUGCUUCUUUCUGAUAAUUUGUUGCUUGAUAUUUUGUAUUCUGUUCCAUCAUUGCAUGGUUCUUACUCAAGGGAGAGAUAACUUUUAGUUCUGUAUUGAUAUUUGCAUAGACAAAGACAUUACUUGGCCUGUAUCAUAAAUAAUGUGAUAGGAGUAAAUGAAUGUAAUUUGAAUGUUGGCUACGUCUGUUUAGUUAUUGAGUGAUGUGCCACUCUAGAGCUAACAGUACAUUGAUGUCUGUCUUAGUAUGUCACCUCUUAAUUGUAAACAAUUAGCAGUGUGUGAUAUAUAGCCUUUUAAUAUUUAAACAGUGGGUUAGAGAUAACUUGGAAGCCAUGUAUGGUUGGGUGUUUUUUGUGGCAGUAAUGGAAAUUCUAGGACAAAUUAAAAGAUAGGCAUUUUACAUGCACUUCCCCACAAAACACACAGAUUUCAAUGCUUUUGAAUGCAUUUCCUCUUUUAAUAUGACUUUAUUUACAUAAAAUACAUAUUUUUGUGCACAAGUUUUUUGGACCAAAACUAUUGCAAAAUCCAGAGGAAUGUAUGAUUGCAUUUUGAGCUGAAAGGAUGAUCGGAAAAAUACGGAACAAAUUCCUCCGUCAUCCUGUUUGUGAAAAUGGUAUCUCGGUCACAUCCUUUACCGUAGAUGUUAAUGACCAACCCAUGUAUUUUAAAUGUGAUUAACACAUGCUUCUAACCACCAGAGGGCAAUCUGAUACUAUAGCUUUGCAAAAAAAAAAUAGUUUUGCCUGUCUUCCAUAGACAGCACCUUUUCUUCCCAGAAGCAGAGUUUAACAACCAAAUACCUUGUUUGUUUUUUUAGUCUGUUGAUAUUCAUGCUAUAAAGUUUCUAGGUCUUCGUAGAUACUAAAAGAACUUGAGCGUAGAAGGCUACUUUCUCAAAAGCUGCAGUUGCCUGGUGAUAAACAGGAUUCCUGCAUAUCCAGAGGUAAAUUCCCCUCUCUGUGGGCUCAUUACCACAUAUUUCUCUACUAUUGGGUUAUGCCACUUGUUCUGUUAGCAGUCCCCCACACCCUGAUUUGUAUGGCAUCCCCAUUCUGCUGGUGUCUUUAGAAGAUUACAGCUGCACCAGCACUUGGAACUAGACCAGCUAGCUGACCAGCUAUUUCUUAAUGUAGUAUUAUGUGGACUGUAGUGACCGUGGUAUUUCUUGUGUGAGUUCUUUGCCCAGUGUGCUUGCUGCUGUCUUCCCCUUCUCCCUGUAGUCUGUUAAUAUUUAUCAGUGGAGUGAAACCUCUACAAGUGCUCAAUCCUCUGAUGCAUGGUUGUUCUGUGUCUUCUGGUGCUUGUGCGUCUCCUGAUAUUGUAUGGGAGCUCUAACUCUUGGCAGUUGUGCUUUGCAAUUAUCUCUUACAUUUCAUACGGUCUUCUCUCCAAAACCAAAAAAUCAAUCUAUUGCAUGGCAUAGAGUUACCAUUGCAUGGCAUAGAAUUAGUAAUCACCUCUGUAGCCUGGAUUUCUUAGAUCUCCUGGAUCCUGAGAUGCAAAUGGGACUUGAGGUUCCUUUAUCUGGAGCAUAUUCUAGGGCUUAUUUUUUAUAAAGCAGAAGUGUCAUCUGGUGAUACACUGCUAAUCAUAAGAAUUUUGGUGCUCUAACAUACCUCCCAUAAUCCAGUAAUCUGCCCUCAAGUCAUUUUUAGUAUCUUAAAUAAUACAUUUUAUCUGAUAAAACUUGAAACUUUUUGCUUCAUCUAAGGAGUUUUGCACCUUUUAAAAUACUGAUUUUUCCCCCUACUGCAUUUUACCAUGCAUUAAGCAUUAUUUCAAGUUAAAUAAGUAGAAGGGGAAAACUCAGCUAUAGAAAAUAUCAUGCAAAUAGAGACAGCACUUUGGUUGUGGUUUAUUAUUUUUAAAUUGCUUAUCUUUCAUUUGAUAAAUGUGCACUGGCUUAUAUUUCACACUAGGGUUAAUAUAGGUUGAGUAAAUUCUCUGUACUUGGUGUUGACUAACUUUUAUAUUUAUGGAUAUUUAUAAAACACACUGCACAGAACUCUGACACUUGGAAAAUUAUGGAGUGCAGGAUGUUCUCAACUGCUGGAAAAGCCCGAAAACGGGAUCAAAAUUUUUAGCAUAUUGACUCAUAAUGCAGAUUGGCAUAGGCAGCCUAAGUAACAAAUGGCAUGGAAUUGAACGUUGGGCUAUAGGAAUCAUGUUACCCUUUCCCACCCUCAUCAGUUUUUGAUUUGGUAAUGGAGAAUUUCUACUAGCAGUCAGAAAUACAUGCUAUGUUUCCUUGACUCACAGAUAUAAAAGUUAUUAGGAUACUUCUGUGACCAAGAAGGGCUUCAAGAGAUCCUGAUGGAGGAAAAUUUUAAAAAAACAACCCUGAUUAAAGAAAAAUGAGAAAAUAGGGGAUGUUUUGACAUCUAAAAGUUGAAGUGCACUCUGAGAACUUCUUACUAAUUGUAUGACGUGCUCUAAGAGGGCCAAACCACACGGAUUGCUGUGAUAAGAAGUAUUACCCACUCCUGAACCAAUUCUGAACUGUAGGGGGAUUUUCAGAAAUAGUCUAGAGUGUUCAGCGGGCUUGUAGAAUUCAGCCUGUACUUAUAAACAGCAUCUGAAAGUGCCAGAAAUUCUUGUGAAGAUGCAAGCACAAAGCAAAUGCUUGACUAAAUUGGCUAAAAUGUGAGAUAUGCACAUAUGCAAACAUCAUCCUUCUGUAUUUUUUUUAUUAACAUUUAUCUUUUGACAUGAAUACUUACAGCAGUAUGUUAAAGAUACAGUUUAGUUCUUGGCAUCACUGCAUAGCAGUCACAAUUUCACACAAGGCCUUGUUCAGACCUAACACUAAACCACAGUUUUUUCUGUUUAACUUAACUGUAGUUUGUACAUCCAAACCCUCCCCAGCCACCUAACUAUGGCUUAUAUACAACCAGGAUAUUAGAAUAUGAAACCAUGGUUUGAAGCUGGUUCAUGAUUCUCUGCUUGCUUGAACUAUGUUCGUCAUUGCAGCCAAACUUGCUAUCCUGGGUUAAUCCUUUUUGUUCCAGCCUUCUACCCCAGCCACCCACAUGGGGUAAGAGUUGUUAGAAAAUGCUCAUGCAGCCAAGUGAAUCUCACUGGCAGUUUUCCAGCUCUUUCCUUCGUUCCUCCUCUGCCUAGCAUUAGGGUUCCCCCCACCCAUGCCAUGCCAAGCUCUUCCUUUCCAGCCUGCCAACCAAGCUCCACUUUGCAAUGAGAAAAUUUAUGCCAUUUUUUUACUAGCAUGUAUGCAAGAGCACAUGUUGAAAGCAUUCCUUUGUUCUCAGCAUCUUACCCCAAUUUUAAAGACAAAUGCAGCUUCACAAAAAUCCUAUCUAUAGCAAGUACAUGAAGCUGACCUUUGUUCUUCCCCAUUUAUGUACUUUUGGCAGUUCUGCUUCUGGGAAACACUCAUGACCCUUCAGUACUUAGCUCUCUGAAGUCCCCCUUUGGUCAGUAUCAUGCUAUCACCAUGGACUCAGGCAGUCCAAGGAUGAUUGCUCACUCAGAGUAAUCAUACUAGUACCAAGGUUUGAAGAUUGUAAACAACGUGUGAUAGCAAUUAUUGGGGAGAGUGUUUUUUUUU